AUGACUGGAGGCGGCAAGUCCGGCGGCAAGGCCAGCGGUUCUAAGAACGCGCAAUCUCGUUCCUCCAAGGCCGGUCUCGCUUUCCCCGUCGGCCGUGUCCACCGUCUCCUCCGCAAGGGUAACUACGCUCAGCGUGUUGGUGCCGGUGCUCCCGUCUACCUCGCUGCCGUUCUCGAGUACCUCGCUGCUGAGAUUCUCGAGUUGGCUGGCAAUGCCGCCCGCGACAACAAGAAGACCCGUAUCAUCCCCCGUCAUCUUCAGCUCGCUAUCCGGAACGAUGAGGAGUUGAACAAGCUCUUGGGUCAUGUUACUAUUGCCCAGGGUGGUGUUCUGCCCAACAUUCACCAGAACCUGUUGCCCAAGAAGACCGGCAAGGGCAAGAACCUGAGCCAAGAGCUGUAA